AUGGGACCCCCCCCAGACCCUCAGUAUCUGGACACAGCUGCAGUCUGUUCACUGCAGUAUCAGUCUGGACACAGCUGCAGCCUGUUCGCAGCAGUAUCAGUCUGGACACAGCUACAGCCUGUUCACUGCAGUAUCAGUCUGGACACAGCUGCAGCCUGUUCGCAGCAGUAUCAGUCUGGACACAGCUACAGCCUGUUCACUGCAGUAUCAGUCUGGACACAGCUACAGCCUGUUCGCUACAGCAUCAGUCUGGACACAGCUGCAGCCUGUUCACUGCAGCAUCAGUCUGGACACAGCUGCAGCCUGUUCACUGCAGUGUCAGUCUGGACACAGCUACAGCCUGUUCGCUACAGCAUCAGUCUGGACACAGCUGCAGCCUGUUCGCUACAGCAUCAGUCUGGACACAGCUGCAGCCUGUUCACUGCAGUAUCAGUCUGGACACAGCUGCAGCCUGUUCACUGCAGCAUCAGUCUGGACACAGCUGCAGCCUGUUCACUGCAGCAUCAGUCUGGACACAGCUGCAGCCUGUUCACUGCAGUGUCAGUCUGGACACAGCUACAGCCUGUUCGCUACAGCAUCAGUCUGGACACAGCUGCAGCCUGUUCACUGCAGUAUCAGUCUGGACACAGCUACAGCCUGUUCGCUACAGCAUCAGUCUGGACACAGCUACAGCCUGUUCACUGCAGUAUCAGUCUGGACACAGCUGCAGCCUGUUCGCGGCAGUAUCAGUCUGGACACAGCUGCAGCCUGUUCACUACAGCAUCAGUCUGGACACAGCUGCAGCCUGUUCACUGCAGCAUCAGUCUGGACACAGCUGCAGCCUGUUCACUGCAGUAUCAGUCUGGACACAGCUGCAGCCUGUUCGCGGCAGUAUCAGUCUGGACACAGCUGCAGCCUGUUCGCGGCAGUAUCAGUCUGGACACAGCUACAGCCUGUUCACUGCAGCAUCAGUCUGGACACAGCUACAGCCUGUUCGCUACAGCAUCAGUCUGGACACAGCUGCAGCCUGUUCACUGCAGCAUCAGUCUGGACACAGCUGCAGCCUGUUCACUGCAGUGUCAGUCUGGACACAGCUACAGCCUGUUCGCGGCAGUAUCAGUCUGGACACAGCUGCAGCCUGUUCACUGCAGUAUCAGUCUGGACACAGCUGCAGCCUGUUCGCGGCAGUAUCAGUCUGGACACAGCUACAGCCUGUUCACUGCAGUAUCAGUCUGGACACAGCUACAGCCUGUUUGCUACAGCAUCAGUCUGGACACAGCUGCAGCCUGUUCACUGCAGCAUCAGUCUGGACACAGCUGCAGCCUGUUCACUGCAGUGUCAGUCUGGACACAGCUACAGCCUGUUCGCGGCAGUGUCAGUCUGGACACAGCUGCAGCCUGUUCACUGCAGUGUCAGUCUGGACACAGCUGCAGCCUGUUCGCGCAGUAUCAGUCUGGACACAGCUACAGCCUGUUCACUGCAGUAUCAGUCUGGACACAGCUACAGCCUGUUCGCUACAGCAUCAGUCUGGACACAGCUGCAGCCUGUUCACUGCAGCAUCAGUCUGGACACAGCUGCAGCCUGUUCACUGCAGUGUCAGUCUGGACACAGCUACAGCCUGUUCGCUACAGCAUCAGUCUGGACACAGCUGCAGCCUGUUCGCUACAGCAUCAGUCUGGACACAGCUGCAGCCUGUUCACUGCAGUAUCAGUCUGGACACAGCUGCAGCCUGUUCACUGCAGCAUCAGUCUGGACACAGCUGCAGCCUGUUCACUGCAGCAUCAGUCUGGACACAGCUGCAGCCUGUUCACUGCAGUGUCAGUCUGGACACAGCUACAGCCUGUUCGCUACAGCAUCAGUCUGGACACAGCUGCAGCCUGUUCACUGCAGUAUCAGUCUGGACACAGCUACAGCCUGUUCGCUACAGCAUCAGUCUGGACACAGCUACAGCCUGUUCACUGCAGUAUCAGUCUGGACACAGCUGCAGCCUGUUCGCGGGCAGUAUCAGUCUGGACACAGCUGCAGCCUGUUCACUACAGCAUCAGUCUGGACACAGCUGCAGCCUGUUCACUGCAGCAUCAGUCUGGACACAGCUGCAGCCUGUUCACUGCAGUAUCAGUCUGGACACAGCUGCAGCCUGUUCGCGGCAGUAUCAGUCUGGACACAGCUGCAGCCUGUUCGCGGCAGUAUCAGUCUGGACACAGCUACAGCCUGUUCACUGCAGCAUCAGUCUGGACACAGCUACAGCCUGUUCGCUACAGCAUCAGUCUGGACACAGCUGCAGCCUGUUCACUGCAGCAUCAGUCUGGACACAGCUGCAGCCUGUUCACUGCAGUGUCAGUCUGGACACAGCUACAGCCUGUUCGCGGCAGUAUCAGUCUGGACACAGCUGCAGCCUGUUCACUGCAGUAUCAGUCUGGACACAGCUGCAGCCUGUUCGCGGCAGUAUCAGUCUGGACACAGCUACAGCCUGUUCACUGCAGUAUCAGUCUGGACACAGCUACAGCCUGUUUGCUACAGCAUCAGUCUGGACACAGCUGCAGCCUGUUCACUGCAGCAUCAGUCUGGACACAGCUGCAGCCUGUUCACUGCAGUGUCAGUCUGGACACAGCUACAGCCUGUUCGCGGCAGUGUCAGUCUGGACACAGCUGCAGCCUGUUCACUGCAGUGUCAGUCUGGACACAGCUGCAGCCUGUUCGCGGCAGUAUCAGUCUGGACACAGCUGCAGCCUGUUCGCUGCAGUAUCAGUCUGGGCACAGCUACAGCCUGUUCACUGCAGUAUCAGUCUGGACACAGCUACAGCCUGUUCACUGCAGCAUCAGUCUGGACACAGCUGCAGCCUGUUCACUGCAGCAUCAGUCUGGACACAGCUGCAGCCUGUUCACUACAGCAUCAGUCUGGACACAGCUGCAGCCUGUUCACUGCAGUGUCAGUCUGGACACAGCUGCAGCCUGUUCGCAGCAGUAUCAGUCUGGACACAGCUGCAGCCUGUUCGCGGCAGUAUCAGUCUGGGCACAGCUGCAGCCUGUUCACUGCAGCAUCAGUCUGGACACAGCUGCAGCCUGUUCACUGCAGCAUCAGUCUGGACACAGCUGCAGCCUGUUCGCGGCAGUAUCAGUCUGGACACAGCUGCAGCCUGUUCACUGCAGCAUCAGUCUGGACACAGCUGCAGCCUGUUCACUGCAGUAUCAGUCUGGACACAGCUGCAGCCUGUUCGCAGCAGUAUCAGUCUGGACACAGCUGCAGCCUGUUCGCAGCAGUAUCAGUCUGGACACAGCUGCAGCCUGUUCGCUACAGCAUCAGUCUGGACACAGCUGCAGCCUGUUCACUGCAGCAUCAGUCUGGACACAGCUGCAGCCUGUUCACUGCAGCAUCAGUCUGGACACAGCUGCAGCCUGUUCACUACAGCAUCAGUCUGGACACAGCUACAGCCUGUUCACUGCAGUGUCAGUCUGGACACAGCUACAGCCUGUUCGCGGCAGAGUCAGUCUGGACACAGCUGCAGCCUGUUCACUGCAGUGUCAGUCUGGACACAGCUGCAGCCUGUUCACUACAGCAUCAGUCUGGACACAGCUGCAGCCUGUUCACUACAGCAUCAGUCUGGACACAGCUGCAGCCUGUUCACUGCAGUGUCAGUCUGGACACAGCUGCAGCCUGUUCACUGCAGCAUCAGUCUGGGCACAGCUACAGCCUGUUCACUGCAGCAUCAGUCUGGACACAGCUGCAGCCUGUUCACUGCAGCAUCAGUCUGGACACAGCUGCAGCCUGUUCACUACAGCAUCAGUCUGGACACAGCUGCAGCCUGUUCACUGCAGUGUCAGUCUGGACACAGCUGCAGCCUGUUCGCAGCAGUAUCAGUCUGGACACAGCUGCAGCCUGUUCGCGGCAGUAUCAGUCUGGGCACAGCUGCAGCCUGUUCACUGCAGCAUCAGUCUGGACACAGCUGCAGCCUGUUCACUGCAGCAUCAGUCUGGACACAGCUGCAGCCUGUUCGCGGCAGUAUCAGUCUGGACACAGCUGCAGCCUGUUCACUGCAGCAUCAGUCUGGACACAGCUGCAGCCUGUUCACUGCAGUAUCAGUCUGGACACAGCUGCAGCCUGUUCGCAGCAGUAUCCGUCUGGACACAGCUGCAGCCUGUUCGCAGCAGUAUCAGUCUGGACACAGCUGCAGCCUGUUCGCUACAGCAUCAGUCUGGACACAGCUGCAGCCUGUUCACUACAGCAUCAGUCUGGACACAGCUGCAGCCUGUUCACUGCAGUGUCAGUCUGGACACAGCUGCAGCCUGUUCACUGCAGCAUCAGUCUGGACACAGCUGCAGCCUGUUCACUGCAGCAUCAGUCUGGACACAGCUGCAGCCUGUUCGCUACAGCAUCAGUCUGGACACAGCUGCAGCCUGUUCACUGCAGCAUCAGUCUGGACACAGCUGCAGCCUGUUCGCUACAGCAUCAGUCUGGACACAGCUGCAGCCUGUUCACUGCAGCAUCAGUCUGGACACAGCUGCAGCCUGUUCACUGCAGCAUCAGUCUGGACACAGCUGCAGCCUGUUCACUGCAGCAUCAGUCAGGACACAGCUGCAGCCUGUUCGCUACAGCAUCAGUCUGGACACAGCUGCAGCCUGUUCGCUACAGCAUCAGUCUGGACACAGCUGCAGCCUGUUCGCCGUCGGGGACGUUUAUCCAAGACCAAAGAAAACGUCUAAGUCUGGGCUUCUGUGUCAUGUCAUACACUGCAAAAAUGAUGAAAUAUGA